AACCACCCAAACAAACAGCUAUCGGACGAGGAACGGGUCUAUCUAAACGCCGCAGCCCUUGGGGACAUCGCAAUUGUGCGACAAUCUAUUGAGGACCUAGACUCGCCACUGAACGUCAACUGUGUCGACUACAUGGGCCGCUCGGCCAUCCAUCUGGCUGUUGACUGUGAGAACAUGGAGUUGGUGGAGCUGCUGAUGGAGAGGAUUAACAUCGAGCACGUUGAAGAGGCCCUCCUGCAUGCCAUCAGCAGAGGGGUCACAAAGAUCGUUAAGGUGAUAAUAGAACAUCCGAACUACAUAGCCGGGUCGGAGCAAUUCAAACGAACGAUGAAAGAUCCCUUCUUCCGGACUGACGAGAAAUCCCAAUUCAGUCCCGACAUCACCCCGCUCAUCCUGGCCGCCCACCACAACAACCACGAGAUAAUCCAGAUGUUCCUCUACCGGAACCACAAAAUCGAGAAACCCCACCCCAUCUACUGCCAGUGCACCGAUUGCGUCACCAAGCAGAAUUAUGAUUCGCUGAAGAGAUCGAGGUCAAGACUCCACGCCUACAAAGCCUUAGCAAGCCCCGCCUACAUGGCCCUCUCAAGUAACGAUCCAAUCAUGGCGACCUUCCAACUGAGGCAGGAAAUGAAAAAGUUGGCACAGGUCGAAAAAGAGUUCAAGGUCAGUUGGGAGUUAUGA